AUGAGUUAUUCGCAGGAAAAAUACCAUUUAAAUGAGAUCUCACCUAAUCAGGGCAGAGACAGAAAUGAGCAAAAUGACUCUCAAGACUAUAAAGACGAUAGAGAAGGGGAUUCAAGAUUUUCUCCAUCUAUACUAAGUAAAAGUAUUGAUGAGAUGAGAACUAGCUUACAUAUGAGAAGCUCAAAGAGAGACGAGAGAGCAGGAGCGUUUUCUAGAAACAGCCAUUCACCUGUUCACAAAAUCGUUGAAGAGUAAGAGGAGUAUAAAGAGGAAAAUAAAUAUAAUAAUUAAUAGUUACCAGAUGAUGAACACCAAGAAACCGAAUUAUUUGAUAAAUUUGAACAAGAAAAGGACACUCUCAGGGAAAUAUUUAAAGAAUAUUAGAAUGAACUAGGAGUUCUUGCUUUGGAUAGCAUUGAAUUGUACUUAAAUCAUAUCUCAAAACUUCUACUUAAGAUGACCAAUUAAAAUGUUAUAAAUGAAAUGAGAUUACAACUUGAAGCUAAGGUUGCCCAGAUAAUUUAAUCCAAGAUAUCAUAGCAUAGACAUUAAUUGCAUAACAAUCAAUCAAAGAACAAAAGAAAUACAAAUAGUAUAAAUGACUAGCUUAAUUCUGAAGUCGGUAUUACUUUUAAUGAGCUAUUUCAUGAGUUAUUUAUGUCUAUUCUUUCAGCAGUUAAACGUUUCAAGACCGAUGAAAAGUUUAUGGAUGAUAUGUAAUUGACCUAAAGAUCUGAUGAUAAGAUUAGCGUUAAUUUUAGUCCAAGACCACAUUUAGAACCAGAUCAAUUGAUUCAGUUAAAUAACAUAAUAUUCAGCAGGAAACAAGAAAUUGAUUACAGCAAACUAGAUGAUACAAAGAAGUUGAAGAUUUAAAGACUUUAAACUGUGUUUGAUAAUGAGAAACAUGGAACUGACUUUACUGAGCAAAUGUAUAAGAUGAGAUAAAAUACAAGGAAUAACAAUUUAAGAAACAAAGAUUAUCUAAAAACUAUAGUUGAUAAAGUUAUUGAUAAUCUUGAUUUACAAGGACUAUCUGCCACAAGUAAAGUUUCUCCUUAAAAUCUAAAUUAUGAUAAGAUUUUAAGCGCUUUUAAGAGAGCAUUCAUCAUUAAGGAUAGCGGGGAGUAUGAAAUUAUAGACAAGGAUGAGUAAGAAGAGUAAGAUCUGGCUGAAAUAGAAGGACUCGAUGAUUUUUUACUGAUGGAUUAAGAAAAUCAAAUAAAGAGUCCAACAUUAAUGGACUAACUUAAAGACACAAUCAAAACCUAUCAAACAUUGAUUGAUUCAAAGAAAUUUAAAUCAGAGACUGAAAAAACAAAGAUACAAAAGAUACUAAAGACUUUGCAAAGUUAAUUAGAUGCUCAAAUGAGGGAGACAGUGAAAAUUAAUAAGUUAAACUCUCAAGAAUCAAAUAAGUAAAUUAAGUAUCACAAAAUAGAGACUAAAUACUUCAUGCCUAAUGUGUAGAAGUUGAGUGAAAUAGAGAAUAAGAAUCAGCAAACGCUCAAAGACGAAAAAAGAGAUAAGGUAAUCAGAGGCAUAUUUGAUUUUUAUUGCAGAUAGCAGUUGCUAGUAGGCAAAAAAGCGACAUUUGAGGAGAUUUAAAGAGAAUUCAAUAAUAUGAAUAUGGGGGAAUUUUAUAGAUUUUGCCUUGAUUUCAAGAUUCCUUAGAAAAAAGAUAAAAUCAUAGAGCUUUUUAAAAAAUAAUCAUCCAAUCACAGAGAAAUUUCUUAUGAAAACUUUAAGGAUAUCAUUUAGUCUAUUUUCAUAGAAGUUAACAAGGAAAGAGCCAGAAAUCUUAAAAACCGGUUGGAUAAUAUUGAUAAGCAAAAUAUUAUUGGAAUGGCAUUAUUCAAAGACGCUUAGAAAUAACUGAUUAUGAUCAAAAAGAAAUCAGCAGAACAAAUUAUGGAGGAAGCUUAUCAAUUCUUGGAAAUCGAUCAACCUUCUAAAGUAGAAUAAAAGAAAAAAGGAAUAGCCUUACCAUUUAAUGUUAGAGAUAAAGAUGUCCCAUUUGAAUUUACUUCCACUGGAAAAAUAAAAAUGAGAUAGUUAUCUUAAGAAGAAAAAACAGAAAUAAAAGCAAAAGUUAAGCAACUUAAAAUUCUGAGAGAUCUUAAGAAAAAGGAAGAAUUUCUGGAAUAAUAAAAUAAAUACUACAAAAUGAGAUAAAAAUUACAGUCAUAGUUAGAGGGCACUCAUGGUUCACAAUAUGAAGGAUCUAGAUCGGGAUCUAAACAAGGAAUAUUUAGGAAUGGAUAACUUGAAAAGAAUAGGACAUAAUUUACGCUACAAGAAUUAACGGCAUUAAACUAUAAAGAACUUAAUAGUAGGGGAGAGGAUGAUUUUAAUCCAAGUAUCUUUGGGUUUGAAAAGGAUCCUUAAAUGCCUGUUCAUGGAUCAGUGUCAAACAGAAGUAAGAUGUCCGUGCUAUUAGCACCCAAUCAAAUGACAAAUGAGUACCAUUCUAGUUCAGCAGUAAUAGUUUUGUAAGAUGAUGCUGAGAUUACUUAGAAUGGAGUUUAAAAUGGGUUGAUUUGGAAUAGAGGAAACGUAAUGCCCUUAGAUAGAUUUUAGCAAUAGCAAUAAUAGCAACAGCAACUCAGGCUUAUCAAUUAGAAAAAAGUUAAUACAAAACCACCUUUCAGUGUCAAUGGUGCCUUAAAUCAUGGCAGAUAGUAGCCAACCUAAUAAUUAAUGGAUUAGUCUAAUCGAAUAUUUACACAGCAAAUUCCAAAAGCUAUUGGGACAGAUGUAACAAGGUUUAGAAAUAAUGAUGCCUCCAAGAUAGGAACUUGGGUAGACUAAUAAUUCUAACUUGGAGUAUAAAAUCCCAUAUUUGGUAAUUAGAGUUCUUACCAGAGUCAUCAAUAAAUACCAUCAGCUAUAAAAUAAUUCCAAAGUUAAGAUUAUAGCCUGCAGCACAAUAUAAAUAAUAUAAGAUAAAGAUAAUCUGCCACAUAUUUAGGACAGAAUUAAUCCCAGUAAAAUUUAAUAAACUAUUACAGUAAAGCGCAAGAUAGAGUACCCUUAGCAUUGCCACCUAUACCAAACACUACUAAAGCUAAUACUUCAAAGUAGAUAAAGAUUUGA